AGGCCCUUAAGAAAAUUAAUAAAUAAAAAAUAGCCGGCCGUGAUCGGCGGCUUGUUUCCCUGUCACCGGGAAGUCAAACCACCCCGGGAUCGUUUUGAUCUCCCGGAGGAACCGCAGCCCCGCUUCCUCCGGCCCACUUCGCCGCUGAGGCAGGGGCGGGCGCCUGCUCUCGCCGCCGCUUUCCCUCGGAGGAAGAGGAGGAGGAGUCCCGGCCGGCCUUUGGAGCGAACGAGAAGAUGACCCAGGCGGAGAAGGGGGAAACGGCCGCCGCUGCGGCGGCCGCCGAGAACGGGAAAGACAAAGAGCGCGACAAGGAGAAGGAGCAGCGCGGUGCCAAGAGGCCCAUCGUCCCCGCCGCCGUGCCCGACUCGUUGCAGGAGCAAAUCCAGAGCAACUUCAUUAUUGUGAUACAUCCUGGCUCAACGACUUUAAGGAUUGGAAGAGCCACAGAUACGCUUCCUGUUAGCAUCCCGCACAUCAUCGCAAGAAGACAUAAACAACAAGGACAAAUCUCAUACAAAGACAGUUGGCUUCUAAGAGAAGGACUCAACAAACCAGAAAGUACUGAACAAAGACAAAAUGGGCUUAAAAUGGUUGACCAAGCAAUAUGGUCUAAGAAGAUGUCAAAUGGUGCCAGACGUACACCUAUCUCACCUGAUCAGAUCCGAUCUUACAACAGACAAAUGCGACCUGCUAUUUUAGAUCACAGCUCUGGGGCAAAAUGGACAAAUACUGCUCAUCACCCAGAAUAUCUUGUUGGUGAAGAGGCAUUAUAUGUUAAUCCUCUGGACUGUUACAAUGUUCAUUGGCCUAUUCGGAGGGGACAGCUGAACCUCCACUUAGGAGCUGGGGGCUCCCUUACUGCAGUUCUUGCUGAUCUUGAGGACAUAUGGUCGCAUGCAAUUCAGAAAGAUCUAGAAAUAUCUCUAAAGGAUUUGAAGUAUUACAGAUGUAUUUUACUAAUUCCUGACAUCUAUAAUAAGCAGCAUGUGAAAGAAAUCGUAAAUAUGACUCUCCUGAAAAUGGGCUUUUCAGGAAUAAUAGUGCAUCAAGAAUCUGUAUGUGCUACUUUUGGAAGUGGUUUAGGCAGUGCAUGUGUUGUUGAUGUGGGGGAUCAGAAGACAAGCAUCUGCUGUGUUGAAGAUGGGGUUUCACAUCAUAACACCAGGUUGCGUCUUGCAUAUGGUGGCUGUGACAUAUCAAGAUGUUUUUAUUGGCUUAUGCAACGAGCUGGGUUUCCUUAUAGAGAUUGCCAGCUAGUUAAGAAAACAGACUGUCUUCUUCUCCAGCACUUAAAAGAAACGUUUUGCCAUUUAGACCAGGAUUUAUCUGGACUGAAAGAUCAUGAGUUUCAAGUCCGUCACCCAGAUUCUCCAGCUUUGUUGUAUCAGUUGCGCUUAGGAGAUGAAAAGUUACAGGCUCCAAUGGCACUAUUUUACCCAGCAACUUUUGGAAUUGUGGGUCAGAAAAUGAUAGUUUUGCAGCACAGGUCUCAAGGUGAUCCUGAGGACCCUCAUGACGAACAUUAUCUCUUAGCUACACAAAGUAAGCAAGAGCAGUCUGCAAAAGCAACAGCUGAUCGAAAAUCCAUGACCAAGCUGGGUGGAUUUGAUGGAGAUCUCCGAGGCCAAUCUGCAAGUGUUGCUGAAAAUGUUUAUCAUUCUGAAGUGGAUUUAGGCAGUUCUCAUGGUGACUGCAUUAUUGGUGGAAAUGAUUCUGAAGAAAUGCUAACAACUCACAUGUCCCGAAAAACUGCUGUAUCUCAGUUUGAAGGGAAAGCUUUAGGUCUUGACAAAGCAAUUUUGCAUAGCAUUGACUGCUGUGCCUCAGAUGAUACCAAAAAGAAAAUGUACAGUUCAAUCCUUGUAGUUGGAGGUGGCUUGAUGUUCCACAAAGCUCAAGAAUUUCUUCAACACAGAAUUCUCAACAAAAUGCCUCCCUCUUUUAGGAGAGUUGUUGAAAACGUAGAAGUCAUUACAAGACCAAAGGACAUGGAUCCACGUUUGAUUGCUUGGAAAGGUGGUGCUGUUCUAGCCUGCCUAGAUACAACACAGGAGCUCUGGAUUUAUCAACGAGAAUGGCAGCGCUUUGGUGUUCGUAUGUUACGUGAAAGAGCUGCAUUUGUGUGGUGACCCAGUAUUAUUUAGAAAUAAUAGAACAUUUCCUUGAUCCUUAGUUUUGUGUUUUAAAUAAAUUAAACAG